AUGGCGACAACAACAACAGCAAGCAAAAAAUCCGACGCACCCACAAACCCCCGCGGCAUCCCCUUCGCCCCCUUCGUAGACGCCGUAUCCGACUACUGCACCACCCGCGCCGAAGUCGAACCAACCCUAAAGUCCUUUUCCGAAAUGAUCCAAAAGUACCAAUUCAUGGAAGUAAACACCUCUCGCCGCGCUGCCGGGCUGCGCGAAAAGAUCCCAGACGUCCAAAAGACUUUGGAAACUGUCAGGUUUUUGAAGAGCAGAGAUGCGGAUGCCGAAGAGUUGGAAAGUUAUUUUGAGCUCAAUGAUACGCUGUUUGCCAAGGCCAAGGUGCCGAGGACGGAGGAGGUGUAUUUGUGGUUGGGUGCUAAUGUCAUGCUGGCGUAUCCGAUGGGCGAGGCCGAGGAGUUGUUGGAGGGCAAGUUGGAGGCGGCCAAGAGUGGCUUGGAGAAUGCAGAGGAGGAUAUGGAUUUUUUGCGUGAGCAGAUUACGACGCUCGAGGUCGCUACUGCUCGUGUCUACAACUGGGAUGUCGGUAUGCGCAGGAAGGAAAAGGCCGAGGGCAAGACCUCCGAGCCUAGCGAGUGA